AUGUCUCAACGAACGCAAUCAAUUAUUUUAUCAACAACCAAGGCAUUUAAUAGAAUGCAGAAAUAUAAGGAUGUUACAAACCAAACUUGUCUUUUGCCUUCAUUAAUUCUAUACAUUGGUCAAUUUUCGAUAAAUUUGACACGAAUUGUACAAACUGAAGUACCAUUUAUUGAACAAGAAUUAAAGAGAAUUGUACCAGAUAUGAAUAAACUUCAGAACAAAAUCAAACAACUUACUCAUGAUGAUAAACAACAGAAAAUAGUAGUUCGAUUCAAUAAAGAACAAAUGCAAAAAUUCUACGAACUAACAAAUGCCUAUAAAAAAUUAAACGACGAGAUAUUUGAAUUGAAUAAAAAACUUAUGCAAAUGAUGAAUGAAAUAUUAGCUCCUGGUAUUAGUACAGUUGAUGAAUAUAAUGAAUGUAUGAAGUUAACAGCUCGCGCUUUAAUAGAUUAUGGUUAUAAUCAAUCAGUUGAACAUAUUGAUGAUGAUGAUGUCAAUGAAUUUCUUCUUUCAACUGAUAUUUUACUACCAAAUAAUCGUACUGAUAUGUGA